AUGCCAAAGGCAUCCAGCCGAGCAAUCGGGCAGCUGCGGACAGUGGACACAAUGACAUGUAAGUUGGAGGUACAUGUCUUUUCCGGAUCCAUGAAGCAGAAGGAACGCAAGGGGCUAGCGUCCCACCAUCUCUACAAGGCGUUUGAACUGGGCCCUGAUGAAAUCUUUGCAUCGCUUGGAGGACGGGCAGCAGAUUCAAUUGCUCCGUCGCAGCUGCGGCGGGCAGUGUUUCCACUCGAGCGCCUGCACCUCUUCGGGGAGGCCUUCAGUGCAGACUACAUGGACCGCGAGUUCAGGGAGCUUUGCUCUAGCUGUGACCGCAGCCAGGAUGGCCGGCUAACCUUCGUCGACGUUCAGACAGCACAGCACCAGGUUUCCAAGCGACUUGAGGACUUCCGCCGUGCGCUGGAGCAGCGCAACGCGAACUGGUGGGUGGGGUCCUUGGUGCAGCUUGGAGUGCGGCUGGGCCUGCAGCUGGGCCUGUCCUGGCCUCGAUCUCUGCAUCUGAGCUGUGCUGUGCGCCAUGUGCUCUGCCAGGUGCACGGUGUCCAAACCGUGGGCUCUUCCUUGCAGUCCCUCGGGACAGCCUCCUGGGACUGGGCAAAGUAUGCAGCAGAGCUAGAUCCACAGCAGAAGGUGUCGAUGCUGCACAAAGCCUUGGACAUGACAAAGCAAGCUCAUGCUGGACAGGUUCGGAAAUCUGGCGACCCGUACUGGACACAUCCACUUGCAGUCGCAGACAUUCUUGCACGUGCUUUGCUACCACCGGACUCCACACCACCAGAGCCACGCUGGCAGCUAGAUGGUCCGGCUGCCCUGGAACAGGAUGCUCAAAAGCUUUGGCCACGAGUCGCAGAUGGUCCUGAUGACAUCUUCGCAAUGUACACUGCUGCGCUGCUGCACGACACGGUCGAAGACACGAGCGUCACACUGGACCAGAUUGAGGAUGCCUUUGGUCCAGUCGUCGCAUCACUGGUGGACGGUGUGACCAAGGCAUCCCAAGCUUCAUGUACGAGAUCGAGAGCGUCGCGAUCUGCUCAGGAUCUGCGCAAGGUGCUGACACGCGCUGCCCAAGACGUUCGAGUACUCGUCAUCAAGUUUGCAGACCGUCUGCACAACAUGCGGACGCUGGCUGAAGAGACCAGAGCGGUGUACGUGCCGCUGGCAGAGCGAUUGGGUGUGCACAUUUGGAAGACCGAGUUUGAGGAGCUGUGCUGCCGAUAUCUGAAUGGUUGCGCAUAUGAGGAAGUUUUAGAGCGCAACCGGCGCUCGCAGGUUGCCAGGCAAAGACACCGCCGGUACAUUCAGCAGUACAUCCGAACCAUGAUGGUGGAGAUGACCUCCGAUUCCAUCCUUGAGAUUUCCGUACGUGAGGAGCCACCGCACACACAACUGCGGCGAUGGGCAGACCGUCCAGAAACGGAUACUCCACAGCCAAUCCCACGAGUGCGGAUAGUGACAAAGGAUCGCGACGCUUGUUGGGCUUGUCUCGGGCGGAUCCACUCCAUCUUGCCGCCGAUGCCCGGCCGGCUGCGCGACUACAUCUCCUCACCGAAGGAGAAUUUGUACAUGUGCCUCCACACUACCGUUCUCAUGGACGGCACUGCAGUUGAGGUCUACAUUUUGAGCCUGCAGAUGGAGUGGGUCGCCGAGUUUGGUGUCGGCGCAUUUUGGCGCCACAACGAGGACCUGCAGGAAAGUGAAGCCGGUAGAAGCUUCUUGGCGGCCCUGCAUUCAACCUGGAUUUUGCAGGCCAACCAGUCGCUCACACACAGCCUGCACUCGUUGGAGGUGUCCAUGGAGCCAUCGCCAUUGCCGACAUCGAAAUCAACUUCAAGUCUUCAAACUGUGGAGAGCGCAGCGAGCCAACCAAAGUGGAAUUUUCAAGACUCCGACGGAACUCCUCCACUCCAAAUGCCUGGCAUGAGCACAAACAGUGAGCCUCGCAGCUCACUGUUGGACCGCUCACCUCAGCGCCUUGACUUGGAUCGUGGUUCCUUUGACGAGGGCACCCGGGAAGCAUCUGUUGAUGAACCAGGUGCUGCGGAGCAAGAAGAUGGACUGUACGCGGUUCAACCACUGCUGCAGCAUAUUUCGAAAGUGGCUUCCGAGUUUGCCGGUAGCACAGGAAACAAAGAACGAGAUGAUGGUGAGGAUGGUGGCGAGCUGCUGGCAGAGUUGCAUCGUGCCUACAGUGAGGCCUUGCGUGAGAAAGUCGCGGUCUUCACUCCGACAGGCCGAGUGCUGUACCUUCCCAGGGAUGCGACUCCUCUGGAUUUUGCAGUGUGGAAUCUCGGUGCCAAGAAGGGCCUGCGAGCAGAGGCGGCUUUCAUUGACAGCAGCGAGGCGACAUUAAACACGAGGCUGCGAGAGGGUCAGACCGUCCUCGUGCACUUGCACGAUGACGAAAAGCUGCUGCCGCCGCUUGAAUGGUCUGGUGUCCAUCUCAGGUAUUUGCGUACAACGCGUGCUCGAGCAGCCCUCGUAGACAUGAGGACUCAAAUGCUGUCAGAGCAGCAGGCAGUUGAAGCAGGACGGGAGGCAAUCCGGAAGGAGUUGGCACUACACAGUCUCGACCUGUCCCUGCGGCAGCUGGGAGACGAGGUGCUCGCGGCCGUAGGUGCGGCUACGUGUCAUAUAUCCACAGAGAGCGACAGCAAGAGCGGUGAAAUAGUGUUUCAGAUCGGUAAAUCUAAGUGGUUGGUCCAGUUUGUCCGAGCAAGAUGCUACUUAGCCCGAAGUCGCAUGGAGAGUAACUAG